GAAUUGUGAACUCUAGGAACAACGUGUCAGAAAAUGUUGUGACGGCACCGACACCAAGCAUUAACCCUUUCAAGACCAGACUUGACCAACAAUGGAGUAGGUGGAUACAUUCAGGAGUCAGUGCAUGCCCAGGACAGUACUUGCCAACAAUGAGUAACAGAGACGCGAUCGACCGCCCGAGCAGUUAACAAGCCCAUCAGUGGCCAAGAGGAUAAAAGAAAAAAAAAAUAAAUAUGGCCAUGGGCCAAUUAUUUUGAGUAUUGAGUUAUUAGUAAAUUUGAGAUGUUAGUUGUUCUUAAACCAUGUCAGUUGGUACCGAAAAACGUGUGAUAAGUGUUAGGGUCACACUAGAUAACAGCCUUCUCACCUGUGUCCCGGGCAAGGUUCUAACACUUGACACUCGUGAAGUUAUGCGCGUUUUAAAUUGCUGCGCCAUUAUCACAGUGUGGACAUAAUGAGUCAGACAGCCACAAAAUUAGUUUUAAUAAUUACGAAGAAAGAUGAUUAAAGAGUUUUCAACAAUACAAUAAAAACACUGAUGUGUCCAAGAAUUAUCAGCGAAAGAAAAUGUUACUUGUGAACGGACAGAAAGUGUGUUCUCAACCCAGUCAGCUGACAGACGUAAACAACAUAAGACAACCCCUUCACCUGCAGCAAGCAACAGGUACUUUGUGAAGUUGACAUGCCUUUGCGCCGAAAGGAAGUGGCUGAGGGUCCGAUAAGACUCCUUAGUUUUGUAACGCGACAGCAUAUGGCAACAAGACUUGACUCACGGAAAGUACUGUUGGCAGCCCAAGGAGUACAUAGGGACUGGAGAGGUGUAGCAGAACAAGCAAAUCUUGAUGUGAGCAGCAUUAGCUGUUGGGGUAAAAUAUCUCCGACUGAGCAUUGUUUACACAUAUGGGGCCAAAAAUGUGGUACGGUGCAGCAGUUAUGGAACUUUCUCGAGGCAAUGGAUCGCUUCGAUGUCAUUGAUGACACUUUAGAAAUGAUUUAUGCUGACUAUGAUAAGUGCAUGAGCCAAGGCGGUGGAGCCCUGGCAGCCCUCCCUCCACCCAUGGAUCAGUUAGUGUCUGAUGUAGCCACUUAUGAUAGCAAUGUUCUCACAGUUGAUGAUCACAGAAACUUGAGCAUGGGAUUGGGACUUCAACAAUAUACUGCACUAGUUUUGUUUGCUGAUGAAGACAUCGACUUUGUUCAGGAAAUGGUUGAGAAAUUGGAAGGGGAUUAUGGUCUCAAGCUCUGCCUAAAAGAUAGAGAUUUAGUUGGAGGUCUUCAAUUUGAGUCAGACAGCAUUGUGAGACUUAUAAUUGAGCGGUGUACCAGAGUCAUUGUCAUCUUGUCACCCGAGUUUUUAGCGUCGAGUGCUAACAACUUCUUCAUACUGUUUGCUCAUGCUCUCAGUGUAGAUCAACGCCGACGCAUUGUCAUUCCCUGUCUCCACAAACCAUGUGUCAAGCCGGCCGUAAUAAGUUUCUGUCACUCCCUCGACUAUUAUCGUGCUAAAGGAUAUUGGAACUACUGGGAAAAAUUACGUGACUCAUUAACUUUUCAGCCACAUGUUGGAUCCAGCAUUACAAGUGGUGAGUCACGAGUGAGGAUACGUGAAGUUUCUGGCUCUUCUACGUCAUCCCAGGUCUCGGCUAAUUCCUUAAGUGUUACCACUCCCUCGCCUUCACAAUCUCCAAAUUUUUUUUCCAAGUUUUUGCGGAGAUCAGAUGCUAAAGUGAAGAGCAAGUCUGGUUCGUCAUCCUUGGAAGAUUCUAGUCAGAUUGGCAAGUCUUCUCUCUCUGAAAGUGAAACUAAUCCUCUGGAAGCAAGUGAUCAGAAAACUUCUGCAGGUUCAAAUGGCUAUCCCUGCAGUCCUUCCAUCCCUAUACGAGAAAUGUCUGCAAGGCCUGUUUUACACCUCGGCCCCUCAUCAGCCUCGGGGGAAUCCAGUGACUACACGGCCAUUUUUCAGAGCUUACCUGAUGUUCCUGAGACUUCUCCGUACAACAGUCCCAUGAACACUACCAGUUCUACUGCCCACUUAAUUCCUGAGGAGUCUUCAGCCAACUCAAGGUCUCCUUCUAAAUUUUUCGAUAAAAUUUUUAAAGGAAAGCCGAAAAAACACAGAGUUUCUAGUUAAUAUUUAGCUUUCAGUUUCACAAGAAUCUUUUAUCAAAUAAGGUAUCAAGAGUAAAAUAAGGGGCUAAGAAUAAAAUAUAUUGAAUAAUAAUAUAAAUCUCAGAUUUAAUUUCAGUGAGUUCCAGAGAUUAUAUAUCUGUACUUGUGAUGUAUCAUGAUAAUUUAUUUUAAUAAAAUAAAUUAUCCAUGAUUAUCUAUGUAUGACCACUUUUUUCUUAGUGUCCUCAGUGUGAUUCUGUGAAAUUACACAUUAUAGUACAGUACUGUACUCUGUGCAGUUAUAUAUUUUCAAAAGUUAUGUUUCCAGCAAAAUACCUGUUUUGAAGAUGUUACAGUAAAUCACAUUUUCCUUUAAUUAAAAAUAGAAAAAUAAGAAAUUAAAAUUAAUUUUCAAAAUGGUAUGUUUACAAUAUGUUAUUGCUCAAGAUUUUAACUUUUGCAAAUUUAUCUACAACUUGUGAUGUGAUCAUAUUACCAAAUACUGUACACAUCUCAUUUCCUUUAACAGCACGUUCUUCUGAAUAAUUUGAAUUUCUAACAAUUCAUUCCAUUAUGUAUGUCAUCAAUUUUGCUUGAUAUUAUAUGUCCAACACUCCUACCACAUCUUCGUCAUUCCUUUCAUAUCUGAUCUUUUAUUUCCCAACACUUACACAAAUACCGUUUGUCUUUGAGCAUUCCACAACCACUAUUUCUAUGCACUGUAGUCUCAUGACAUCAGCACUUGAUCCAUACUUCAUUGACUACUCUUCUAGUGAAUUUGAAAGUAUUGUUGGUGCAUUCCUCAUUCUUUGCCUUUGCCAGAGACUUAUUAUCUCCUUAAUUGCCAGAUAAUGCUUUCUAAACUGUUUAAUGUUGGUACAUAACUACAGAUUCAUUAUUCUGUUCACAUCAUGAUAUAUUUCAAAAUAAUCUCACAGAAUAUGUCAAAUAUUCCCAAAAGAGGAGCACUAUCUUGUAUUGAUGCACUUCAACAACAGUUAGUCUUGACAUACAGUACAGGUAGUUCUGCUAUAACGCGAUAAUUGUGUUCUUGUAAAAUAUCGUGUUAUAGAAAAUCGCGUAAUAGAAAUAACAGGGCUUAUGGAGAAAAUAGGGUUAGGUGCAGA